GAUCUCUGCCAAGAUGGCCGCGCCCACGAGCCAUUACCCAAGGGCGCCGCCAUCGCAGCUGAGGGACCCGCUGAGGCCGCGCUCCGGGUAGCCGCCAUGUCGGUCUCCAGCUGCGAUCAGUUUCCGACAAAGCCACAAACCAUGGAUCCGAGAAGUGCGGGAACAGGCGAAGAGGCCGAACGACCACCGGAGAUGGCUGUGUCCGAGGACCGGGCCAGCGCUGCGGGAUCUGUAACAUUCAAAGAUGUGACCAUGGCCUUUACCCAGAAGGAAUGGAAGCAACUGGAUCCUGCUCAGAGGAAUCUAUACAAGAAUGUGAUGCUGGAGAACUACAGCAACAUAGCUUCAAUGGGAUGUCAAGCUUCCAAACCAGACAUUAUUUCCAAGCUGGAAAAAGGAGAAGAGCCAUGGUUGGGGAAGGAGAAAAGACCCAGUCAAGGUCAUCUGAGUAAAACAGCAGGAUCCAAGCAAAUAGGAAUUGAUGAAAAAGUUCAACAAGAUGAUGAUCAGCUUGAAAGUAAUCAGAAAAUUCAAAACAAACUUCUUAGGGAAGUUACAUUCAAGAAGAAAACUCUAACUAAGAAGAGAGUCAGUGACUGUGGUUCAUUGGGGAAAAAAAAUAAUGUGAAUAUAAAAUGUGUUCCUUCAAAAAGAAGGCUUCCUAAAAUUGAUUCACAUGGAAAGAGUUUGAAACAGAACUUAGAUUUACCUGAUCAUAUCAGAAACUGUGCAAAAAAGAAACCUAAAGCUGCUGAAGAACACAGGAAUUCAUUCAGCCAUGGCUUAUCUGAUACAAAAAAAGACAAAAAGGAAACUAGAAAGAAACGUAAGCAAUUAUCCAACCAUAUCUCAACUGAUAAGUGUGACAAAACUCAAACUGUCAAAAAACAUGAGAAAUUAUGCCAUCGUAGCUCAUCACAUACUAAGCGGGACAAAAUUCAAAUUGGCGAGGAACAUGAGAAAUCAUCCAGCAUUAACACAUCUGCUAAGCAUGACAAAACUCAAGCUUGUGUGAAACCCUAUGAAUGUAAUCAGUGUGGAAAGGUUCUCAGCCAUAAACAAGGACUCAUUGAUCACCAGAGAAUUCAUACUGGGGAGAAGCCAUAUGAAUGUAAUGAAUGUGGGAUAGCCUUUAGCCAAAAGUCACACCUUGUUGUACAUCAGAGAACUCACACUGGAGAAAAACCAUAUGAAUGUGUUCAGUGUGGAAAAGCCCAUGGUCAUAAACAUGCCCUCACAGAUCAUAUAAGAAUUCAUACUGGAGAAAAGCCCUAUGAAUGUACUGAAUGUGGCAAAACCUUCAGACACAGCUCAAACCUUGUUCAACAUGUGAGAUCUCAUACAGGUGAGAAGCCCUAUGAAUGUAAGGAAUGUGGAAAAUCCUUUAGGUAUAACUCCUCUCUUACUGAACAUGUGAGAACUCAUACAGGUGAAAUACCAUAUGAAUGCAACGAAUGUGGAAAAGCCUUCAAGUAUAGCUCAUCCCUUACUAAACAUAUGAGAAUUCAUACAGGUGAGAAACCCUUUGAAUGUAAUGAAUGUGGAAAAGCUUUCAGCAAGAAGUCACACCUCAUUAUCCAUCAAAGAACUCAUACUAAGGAGAAACCUUAUGAAUGUAAUGAAUGUGGAAAAACCUUUGGACAUAGCUCGUCUCUUACUUACCAUAUGAGAACUCAUACAGGCGAAAGUCCCUUUGAAUGUAAUCAAUGUGGGAAGGCCUUUAAACAAAUUGAAGGCCUUACUCAACAUCAGAGAGUUCAUACUGGGGAGAAACCCUAUGAGUGUAAGGACUGUCAGAAAGCCUUCAGCCAAAAAUCACACCUCAUUGUACAUCAGAGAACUCAUACUGGGGAGAAACCCUAUGAAUGUAAUGAAUGUGGAAAAGCCUUCAAUGCAAAGUCACAACUUGUUAUUCAUCAGAGAUCCCACACUGGAGAGAAACCCUAUGAAUGUAAUGAAUGUGGGAAAGCCUUCAAACAAAACGCAUCCCUAACCAAACAUGUGAAAACUCACUCAGAAGAGAAAUCUCAUAAGUAAAAUGAAUGUAGGCUAUCUGUUAACUAAAAUGAAGUUUUUUUUAAAACCUUGGAAAUACUCUGAAUUUAAAGAAUGUCAGAAAGCUUUUGGCAAGAGUCACACCACACCUUGUUACACAUGAUAAAAUUUGAAAAUAGAACUUCAUAUAAAAUCAGUGGAUGGAAACAAGAAUUUAAACUUGAUAUAAAGCCUUUUAUGGAAAAUGUUUUAACAAUACUCAAUUAUAAAUUAUCUAUGUGUUCAUAGUGAAAUAGAAAGUUUUAAAAAUUGUGAAUAAUUUUAAUCAUUAAAAAAGGAGGAACAAGUUACAUAUGCUAACAAUUCCUGGGUUUCUUCGUGUUGUUUAAAUACCACAUAUUAGAAUUGAAUUUGCAUAUCUGCUUAUUAUCUUGUAAAAAUGAGUGUGACCAUUUGUAUAAGCCCCCUCUUUGACAUUAUCACCUAACUCUUUCUUAAUGACUGUGUUAGCUUGUGCAUCAGCAGACAUCUUUAUAAAGGGCUGUUAUUUAUGUAAAAAUGUUAACAAAAAUUGAGAGAAAAUGAAAGAAAGCAGCUGAAGAUUCAAAUGUGCAGACAGGGAAUGAUGUUUAAGAUAUAUUGUGAAAUGUAAGAAAAAGGAUGCUGAACUGUAUAUAUAGUAUGCUCCCAUGUGUGCACAAUAGGGUAUAUUUGUUUACUUUUGUCUCUUUCUGUGUAUAUAUGUGUGUAUGUCUGUAUAUAUAUAUUUGUAUGUGAAUAGACUGAAGAAAUACAGGAGAAACCUAGUAGUGGUUGCCAAUGGGCACAGGAAUACAGGAUUGUGGUUGGGGAUGGUAUUAAGCUCUCCUUUUUAUUGUAUAUUAUUUGAUUUUUUAUCAUGUAAAUGUGUUAUUUUUAUAAUUAAAAUAUUUUAAUAUGCAUAAGUCA